AAAGCAGCAAUGACUUCCGGACUCUGACACACAUGUCACAAAAAUAAUUCGGCAACAAAACCUUAAACACAAUUCGCUGAGGUGGAGAGACGACAGAUGAGUCAAAAUGUCUCGGCACAGAAAUGUCCGAGGCUACAACUACGACGAAGAUUUUGAAGAUGAUGACAUGUAUGGACAGUCUGUGGAGGAUGACUACUGUAUAUCACCAGCAACAGCCAAUCAGUUCAUCUACUCUCGUCGUGAGAAGCAAGCGCCGAAGGAGAAGCCGCUUGAGGAGGAAGAAUAUGAAGAGGAGGAUGUACCAAUGUCCCCGACCAUCAGCCACAACCUUGACCCUCUUGAGCAAGCCAAGCUUUACUCCUGUCUGGACCACAUGAGGGCCGUGCUGGGAGAUUCAAUGCCGGACUCCGUUUUAAACCAAGCAGCCAUAAGGUGUGGAUUCAAUGCACAGCGUGCGCUGGAUGCUAUCCUCUCUGAAGACCCUAAAACGGCCCCGGUUAGCAAAACCGCCGCCGAUGUACCACCGCCUGUCCAGUGGGUUGACGAGGAGAAAGCUCCGCUUCCGCAAAGAAACAGGCAGGCGGCAGUGAUUGAGAAAGGAGCCGACUUGUUUGUAUCCGGUUCAGACACGACAUCCGAGGCGCAUAAACCUGACAAAUACACACAUGUGUUACACACGGCACCGCCUGGGAUUUCUUCCCCGCAUGCCGUGUUCAGCGGCGGCCAAAGUCCCAAUGUUGUCGGCCUGGACCUUAGUGGUGGUGCUAGCCUGGGACGGCUCAUCUCCGAGCAUGAGCAGAACAAUAAGUGGAAAGGGUCGGGUGAUAAAGGGCAAAGUUCGGGCUCAGGACUGAAUACACCUCCAUCGGUCGUUUUUAAUAAUAACACUAAUCUCUCCUUGGGCACGCUGGCACCUUUGAAUAUGUCAUCAGCUCCCUCCUUACUUUCCGCUUCUCUCAGUAGCCUCUCAAUAGCGCAAUCCAGUGUAAAAACUGCAACUUCUCCUCCUGGAUUCGGGUGUCUGGGGUCAGUCCUGUACGAUCAACUCUCAACAACGGCUCAUCACCGGGGGAGCCCAUCGCUGGCAGAUUUAAUCCAGGAACAUUCCAAUGGGAGUCUAUUUUUCAGGGACUCUAAAAGGAUGCCUAUGGUGACACCAGGACCGACGCUUUCGCUAUCUGAGCUCGCCUCGCAGCACCGCCACAGAGUUCAAGGUUGUCAAACGCCAGCAAACACUUUGGACUUAAACACCAGCGGGACCGUGUCGCUAUCCGAGCUAGCGCUGCAGUAUCACAACAAGAGCUCGUUAGCGUCCAAUCAAACGUCUUCAGAAGCAGCAGAAGGUGCUCUUAAAAGACCACCUGAGAUGCUCCCCGCCUCACAUUUGACCCCCCAACUCAAAGGCAAAACCUCAGCUGCCACAAGUGGGUCCCAGUACUUCCUCACCUCAGCGAAACCAGCGAGGCCUGAGGCGCUGGCUGAAAGCAGUCUCAAGGGCGGCACCCUAAGCAAGCUCCACCACAAGAACACCGCGUCAACAAAGCCACACCAGGGUAUCGAUUUGAGCGCUUUAAUGGCUGAUGAUGGUGAUCUCCCCUCGCCGUCCUCUCCAGGACCAGUCGGUUUGGAUUUGUCUGUUUUCGCGCAGCCAUCGGUGUUUGCGAUCACGCUGUCCUUCCAGAGCUGCCGGCGGCAUAGGAGGGCGAGGAGGCUAAAGAGGGUUAAAGGUCAGAGGACAGGAAGUGGUCGCCUGGCUUUUCUCUGCAAGCCCAAAGAGCAGCAUGGCCUACUUGCACACAUCGCACCCUUCACCUUUGACACUCCUUCGCCUGACGACAUCGUACGAGCCAAUCAGAAAAAAGCUUUCACCAGGUAGGCGGGGCUGAGCAAAAACGUCUUGAGUGGAGUAAAGACACUUUAUGGACGAACAAACUUUUCAGCGUUUUACAUCCUUUUAUUUUGUGAAGUGAAUAUUGCAUUUGCUUACGUUCUCUGGCAGCUAAAUGAGUUGGUUUUUUUUUUACAAAAUUUUAUUAGAGUUGUUUUCCACAUAGCCUGCAGUGUUUUAAAACAGUGUUUGCUGCUUUUUUAAAGCACGCAAUCUGCUUUUGGCUUUUAAAUUCACACGUUACAGGAACCCAACUAAAUGAUCAUCUUUAAAACUGUGGCCUCCUUUCUAGUUUUGCGCUCACCACCCCCCACAAAAAGGCAAGAAAUAGGUUGGUGUUGCAUGCAGGUGCAGUGCCGCUAUUGGAUUUGGAUCAGUUAACCAUGGUGCCUGGGUUUGACAUCAUGGAGGUGGAAGAUGUCUUUUUUUUUUUUUUUUAGUUGAAAUGACACCUGGAGUUUUUCCCAUGAACGAUUGUGUCACGCACCGACACACAAACACUUUUCUACUGUGAUAGUAAAUACAACCUCCAUUUAUUUAUCAAGAUUGAGCAAUGACUGACAGUAACCACGUUAAAGUCAUCAGACGAGGUUUCGAUGAACAUAAGCGUCUUCAAGUGGGUGUGUCCUCAACAGCAUCGCUUGAUGUCAGAUUUGAAAUAAAGACCAAUUGAUGUAUUGUGACUGUGCUUCUGUUUGAGCGUCUCCGCUGGUGUUGCUAUCAUGAAACCUUUAUCUCUAGAGGCGAUGUCAUACGUAACAUUCCAUCAUUCUUACCUGUUGCAAAAAGGAAGUUAACCACUGUGUAAUAAACUCCCCAUCUUUUCUUAAGACGCCUGGCAUACUGUCACCUCAUGCUGUUUUUUUCCACUAUUGCUGUAAUUAAUGAGUCUUGUGUGGUCAAACCAAGCAAAUCAUUGUUUUCAUCACUACACGACUAAACUGCAUGCAUGAAAAGAAUGAAUACAGUGAGUACAACGAAAUAUCAAAUCCACACUAAGACAUUCCAAAAUAACCCGAAAAAACCCAAAAGGUUUGCAUGUGAAAUAUCAUUUUUGACGAGGUGCCAGUGACCCACCACAAAUGAUUAAGUGUAUUUACUGGGGGUGUCCCGAUACAGCUUUUUCACUUCUGAUCUGAUUCCGAUAUUGGAGCCUUGAAUAUGGACCAAUACCGAUCCAUAGUUUUAUUACUUGUUUAGUCGCGUGCAAUGUUAGAAAAGGCUUGAUCAAGCGAUAUUACUCGGGGAAUAAUGGUUAGCAACAGUAGUCAUGAGGAAAACGGACCCAUGUACUUGUUGAUGCAUGUGGUGUGUGGUGUUAUCCACAAUAGGCGUAACGUGGCAGUGCUCAAUGAGGCGUUUAUUCCUGACAUUGCUCCCCACCGACAGGGGCUGGCUCUUUUCUGCCAAUUUACAGCCAAUGACUUUUUGCCGUCCCGUGGAAGUUUUUCACUCUCUACAAAUGUGUCAAACAGGUGGAUGUUUCAGGAAACCGCGAUGUUGCAAAAAUCCUUCCUCAAAUACGCGAUGAUGUUGGUCGUAUUAAACUUCCCCGGUUCUGUGCCACCACGGGAAACUUGUGCACGACAAGUUUUGCACUCGGCUGCCACGUCUUUUUCGGAUUUUAACGAAAAACACAGGCACACGGCUGACAUCACUCCUACUAAACAUGCUGGCACUCGCUGCUGUUGUGAUCACGUUGUCUCUGCAUGCUGGACUGCUUGUAUUGGUGUGCCAAUAUCGGAGAUUUUAGAUGCAGGCCGAUAUAAUCCAAUGCUGUUUUUUUUGUGUGUGUGUCUGAGAUCGGACCGAUAGCCGAUAUCAUUAUCUGAUUGGGACACCCCUGGUUUUUGUGUUACAUUGAUGUAUUGCUCAUAGUGGUCUGUGCAGCCAACCCUUUCCUAUGUUGCAGUCCGUACCAUAUGUACUUCUAUGGUUCUCGGCACACUUUUCUUCUUAGCCAUUCUUAGUUGCUUGUAAAAGAAUGCAAAAAAAAAGCCAAAGAAAAAGGAGAACACACUUUUGGAGUGAAUGCUUGGAUGCUCACUGGGCAGAAGUUAUAUUGAGGGUUUAGGUUUUUAUUUGGCCUUUGAGGCAUAGGUUUUUUCAAUUUUUGUCUGUUUUUGUACAUAAACGAUGUAUGAAUUAUGACAUUUGUAGUCAUGGUUUGUGCUGUGCAGUACAAGAUGUGCUCUUUUCAGUCCUUUCAACAUUUGUAGUGUGAGUCAAGUGGAGGUUUUGGGUUGAAUCAUCUUUGAAUGACGACUAUGGAGUGGUUAUCGCCACCUUUCAGACUGGCUCACAAAAUAUGGGCUGAUGUUAAAGAUACCUGUUGGUUGACUUCUUUUUUUUCUUGUUUUGUCGUGAGACCUGUCAUAGUGUUUGAAUGGAUGGGGGUCAACUCUGCAGGUGCAUAAAGCUGAACAGGACCCCCAAGGCCAUCAAACAUAGAUGAGCAAGCCCGUGGAAAAUGAUUGAUAACAGUUUACAAGACGAGUCAAACUGGUUUCACCUUUUGGAGGAGUUGGGAUAUAAUUAUUCUUAUGAAGGUCUGCAGGCUUUGUCCAGCUUUUUAAUUUUUUUUAUUUUAGAAGACAAGUGUGUGGUUUCAAGCAGGAAGUUGCACUUCAGGGAGAAAAUGUCACCACAAGCAACAAUUGACUCGCUACAGCCGCCGACCCUCUCACCGUCUUGAACCAUUCGCCACCUACGUUGGAAAAUCUGCUCACGUCUCUCGGCGUUUACAGCUUUGUUCAGCAACGCCUUUGACAGAUCACAUCAUUUGGGGCAAGCAUAAGCUACAGCCGCAUACACACUCAGCAUGUUUGUGCAAUAUUUUGGAAAUGAAAGCAAAUAACAGUGCUAGUCAUUGAGAUGAUUUGCUCCAAUUGUGUGAGUGUACCUGUUGUGAUGCAUGAAGGCAUUAAAUGAAAAGCAGUGAAAGCUUAUCUCGGCGUCAGACAUAAUGAAAAUAAUGCUUGCGUUCCUACACCCAAUCAGUCUGCAUGAAUACAUUCUUGUAUGUGUCCUUCAUCGUUUCUCUGCACUGUUUGGCAAAGUCUGAGCUCCAUAGCCAAGUUUCAGCCGAAUUUCACACAGUGUUGCCGGGCUGCUAGAAGCCCCGGACCCCGCCCUCUCCGUGGAAUAUUGCAGGCCAAGUGGCUAGUAUUUCUUCAUUUGACAUUUUCGAGUUCCAUCAAUGUUUUAACUUCAAUUUUAGUAUAAAUUGUGCUUCUUGUUGCUCCCUGGAACCCGUCCAUACUUGGCUCCCCCCGUCAGGGUCAGCAAACGCUGAAAAAGGUGGCUUCUCUGCGUUUUUUUGAUUUUUCCUGAACUUAUUCUCCGUUAUGGUGGACUAUUUUAGUAAUUGUGUUCCCCGAAAUACUAGGGGUGUUAGAAGAUUAAAAUAUUAAAAAGAUUUCUCGUUCAGAAAAGAAAUGUCUGGUGGGCACUAGGCUUGGGGGGGUAAUAAAUAAAUAAAUGACAAUAAAUGAAAAUG